AUGCAGAACGCGCGCGACAGCGAUGGGAAUAUGGAGCAAAGUUGGCCGGAGAAAAGGACGAUCAGAUUUCGCGGUACUGACAUGUCCAAAACUCAUAUGUCAUCCCACGACAGGCGUGUGGAAAGUGUCGAGCCUUCGCAUUGUAGACCGCAAUUAUCCGACGGUCAAGAUGCGCAGAAGAAGAGGAAGCAACGUGUAUCAUUGAUGCAGUUUUUAAGGACGGAAUUAACAAGGGGUUAUCAGCUGGAGCACGAUGAGGAGAGAUUCUCUGCAAGAAGGGAGAAAGUUUACUCUUUCUUGAAAAUACCUAUGGAUGUGGAAAACUUUAUGGCAUAUGGAUUCCUUCAGUGUGCUGACUCCUUUCUAUUUGUAUAUACAUUUUUACCAUUAAGAUUUGCUAUGGCCUUAUGGGCAGUGAUUACGAGGCCUUUACGACACUAUUUAAGGAAUGAGAAAGAUCAUGCAAAAGUUACAGAAAGAUACUUGAGUCCUGCUGAAGUGUGCGAUUUGCUAAAGGGAAUUGUAAUGGUGGGUUGCUGUGCAGCAACCUGGAAGGUGGACACCUCCAUGAUGUAUCAUUUAGUUAAGAGUCAAUCGGUUAUAAAGCUAUACAUAUUUUAUAACAUGUUAGAAGUAGCAGAUCGUCUUUUUAGCGCUUUCGGCCAAGACACUAUAGAUGCCUUGCUUUGGACCGCCACCGAGCCACGGUCGCGUUCCAGUACCACCCGUACGAAACCUUUUGGUACAUUGCCACAUCUCAUAUUUGCUGUUCUUUAUGUGUUUUCACAUAGUGUAUUGGUAUUAUGUCAAGCGACAACGUUAAAUGUAGCAAUCAACAGCAGUAAUAAGGCUCUUCUCACAAUUAUGAUGUCCAACAACUUUGUAGAACUGAAGGGUUCCGUCUUCAAAAAAUUUGACAAGAAUAACUUAUUUCAAUUGGCCUGUGCCGACGUCAGAGAAAGAUUCCAUCUACUUAUGCUGCUUCUUGUAGUAAGUCUGCAAACGAUGAAGGAAUAUGCAUGGCAUAGUGAUCGUCUUGCUGUUCUACUACCUGAUUGCGUGAUUCUAUUGUUGGCAGAAGUUCUCGUUGAUUGGUUGAAACAUGCAUUCAUCACACGUUUCAAUGAGCUGCCUUCGACUCUCUACAAGGAUUAUACCGUGAGUUUGGCUUAUGACAUGGCGCAAACACGUCGUGAAACAGCAUUCUCGGAUCCAUCAGAUUUGGUCGCACGGCGAAUGGGCUUUAUACCUCUUCCUCUGGGAGUCGCCAUAGCUCGCGUACUGUGUACGACCUUGACGCCAUCCGCGAGACCAGCUAAUAUCAUACUUUUAUUAUUAGCUUAUCUUAUACUGGUAUCUCUUCGAAUAUUAAAUAGUUUAAUUAUUCUCGGUAAGGCGUGCGACAUAAUGUCGUUGCACGCGCAACCUGGUAAAGACGACUUUCCCACAAAAUCUCCGUCGAAGAAUCGUGCCAACAGUGUCGACAUGAAAAAUCCAAAUCUUGGCACGGCUAUCUUCUCGAAUAGCGCUGUCAGUUUGAACAACGUCUGUUUAAACGAGGCGUUUCUGAAACCAGAAGAGACACAGAAAAGUGAAAAAAUUCAGUGUAAUUUCGACGAGCUUACGAAUGUCACGAAAACCGUGUUAAGGACAGGAAGCGAACCUCUUCUUCCGCAGUGACAAAUAUCAUUAGUACAAUUAAUAUGUAAUGAUUUUUUUUAUUUAUAAACUGUACAUAUUUUGUUGUACAUAUACAUAUACGUGCACUGACUAAUAUACUAAUGAACGCUUUUUUGCAACGAUAUUUGCAUAAGGUAUCUAUGUAAGAACAAUAAAUUUGGUUACCAUUACUUGAUUA